AUGAAAUUAUCAUUUUGUCAAUUAUUUCUUUUUUUAUUAACAAUUAUAAAUUUUUUUCAAUAUCAAAAUUGUUUUAAAUUACGCAAAUCUAAAGAAAAUAAUUAUAAACAACUAUACAAAGCCACACAACAAGUAGUAUCAUCUCUAUUAUCUCCAGUCUGUUCUCAAAUUUUAUUCAAUCAAAAUAAUAUACAAUCUAAAUAUAUAUCUACAAAAGGUUUAUCUGGUCGUGUUUUACCAGCUGGAACAUUUCCAAAUACAGUUUUAGCUCUAGAAUAUUUAUAUGGACUACUUUGUGAAUUUCAAAAUUUCCCAUCACGACCAUCUACUAUUCAGUCAAUUGAUAUAGCACGUAUCACUUAUGAUCCAGAAUAUUUUAUUACUCAAGUUCAAUUAAUUGUUCAUGUACAUGAUAAUAAGAAAUUAACGCUGUUUGCAAAACGUCUAACAGCAAUACAAACCAUAUGUGAAGUAACACAAACAUUUUGUAAUGGAACAUUACAACAAUAUUCAAGUGUCAACGAUUGUAUACAAUAUUUAACGACACAAGUACCUUUUGGUUCACUUGAUAGAGGAGAUCAAGGAAAUGUUGCUUGUCGUACUAUUCAUGCACUUUUUGUUCCUUUAUUACCAUUUGUACAUUGUCCACAUGUUGGUCCUUAUGGAGGAGGAGCAUGUACUGAUAAAACGAUUGAUUUUUAUUAUAAUCAAUCAGAUUUUCUUGGUUGUGCUCACAAACAAUAUUAA